AAAGAAAGCAACCUCGCAAUUCCUUUCAUCUCUGCCUUCAUUCAUUGAUUCACCAGCGUCACCACCAACCCCUAAAAAGGUACAAAUGGAACAAAAGAAGCAAAAUCCCACGGCCGAGAACGAAACACUUAUCGUAUCUCGACGAAUCCAACGGGUCUCCUUGCACUUGGCACCCGUGCCCCGCCCUCUGCAUGAGCAUGACACGCAGGAGCAGCUAGGGUUGUUUCCAUGUGCAAGAUCAGCAAAACUUGAGGUGGAAACGGAGAAGUUGUCGCUGUACAUGAGAGGGAAAUACAGAGAAAUACAAGAGAAGAUUUACGAGUAUUUUCAUGCAAGGCCAGAGUUGCAAACACCGCUGGAGAUUUCAAAAGAUGAUCAUAGAGAGCUAUGUUGGAGACAAAUGUAUGGUUUGAUUAAAGAAGCUGGUAUUAGGCCUUUAAAAUAUGUUGUUGAAGAUCCUGGCAAGUAUUUUGCUAUUGUUGAGGCUGCCGGUGCUGUGGAUAUCUUUCUUGGUAUCAAGUUGGGAGUUCAGUAUAGCCUUUGGGGAGGCUCUGUGAUCAACCUAGGAACCAAAAAGCAUAAGGAUAAGUACUUUGAAGGUAUUGACAGUUUGGAGUAUCCAGGUUGUUUUGCUAUGACGGAGCUCCAUCAUGGCUCAAAUGUUCAAGGUCUCCAAACAGUUGCGACAUUUGAUCCAAUUACAGAUGAAUUUAUAAUUAACACACCCAAUGACGGGGCCAUCAAAUGGUGGAUUGGCAAUGCUGCAGUUCAUGGAAAAUUUGCUUCUGUUUUUGCUAAGCUGAUGCUGCCUGCUCAUGAUGCUAAAGGUGUCUCUGAUAUGGGUGUCCAUGCCUUCAUUGUUCCAAUAAGGGAUUUGAAGACCCACCAGGCACUUCCAGGAAUUGAAAUACAUGAUUGUGGCCACAAGGUUGGCCUGAAUGGGGUAGAUAAUGGAGCAUUAAGAUUCACUUCAGUAAGAAUUCCCCUAGAUAAUCUUCUCAAUCGAUUUGGAGAUGUGUCCCCGGAUGGGAAGUACACAAGUAGUCUUCCAACCAUAAACAAACGAUUUGCUGCUACACUAGGGGAACUUGUAGGUGGAAGGGUAGCCCUUGCGUCUUCUUCAACUAGUGUCCUCAAGAUUGCUAAUGCAAUUGCCAUCCGAUAUUCUUUAUUGCGCCAGCAGUUUGGUCCUCCCAAGCAACCUGAAGUUAGUAUUCUUGAUUAUCAGUCUCAACAGCACAAGCUCAUGCCAAUGCUGGCUUCAACUUACGCAUUUCAUUUUGCCACUUCGUAUUUGGUAGAAAUAUAUUCUCAGAUGAAAACGACACAUGUUGAACAAUUGGUUGGAGAUGUCCAUACACUUUCGGCAGGCCUCAAGGCUUGUGUGACGUCCUAUACAGCAAAAUCAUUGAGUGUCUGUAGGGAAGCCUGUGGAGGCCAUGGUUAUGCUGCCGUCAACCGGUUUGGUAUCUUGAGGAAUGAUCAUGACAUAUUCCAGACAUUUGAAGGGGACAACACAGUACUUCUACAACAGGUAGCAGCUGAUCUCUUGAAGCAAUACAAGCAAAAAUUUCAAGGUGGGACACUGGCUGUUACAUGGAACUAUUUGAGAGAAUCAAUGAACACAUACCUCUCACAGCCAAAUCCUGUAACAGCACGCUGGGAAGGUACAGAACACUUGCGAGAUCCUAAAUUCCAACUGGAUGCCUUCAGAUACCGAACAUCUAGAUUGCUUCAAAGUGCUGCUGUUCGACUUCGCAAGCAUUCUAAAACUCUUGGGGGAUUUGGAGCUUGGAAUCGAUGCUUGAAUCACCUUCUGACACUUGCAGAGUCUCAUAUUGAGUCUGUCAUCCUUGCAAAGUUCAUUGAAACCGUGGAGAAAUGUCCUGAUGCAAGUACACGAGCUGCUUUGAAACUUGUCUGCGAUCUUUAUGCCUUGAAUCAAAUCUGGAAUGACAUAGGAACCUAUCGAAAUGUUGACUAUGUGGCACCAAACAAAGCUAAGGCAAUCCACAAGCUGACAGAUUACUUAAGUUUCCAAGUGAGAAAUAUUGCGAAGGAGCUUGUUGACGCAUUUGAUCUUCCUAAUCAUGUUACAAGGGCCCCAAUUGCCAUGCAGUCAGAAGCUUAUGCUCAGUACACACAGUACGUUGGGUUCUGAUUUUAAUAGGAAGCUGAAGGCAGCAAAAGAUAAAGUUAACAACUAAAGCUUCUCACAUAGGAGAUGAAUUCUCUCAUUCGUUAUUCUUGUUGUUUCUUCCUCGCUUAAAACUCUUUUGGGUCAGGGUAGAAUAGCAUCUCCGAAAACCUAAGCUGGCAUCCUCUAGUGCGUGAGGAUAAUGUUGUCAAAAUUGAAAGAAAUAUACGUUGUUGUAAUUUGUUCAACUAAACUCUUCCCAACGGCA